AUGGCGGAUAAGUUCAUCACCGCCAUGCAGGAGCAAAGAAAGCAGAAGCCAGAGUUAAGGAUAUUUUCGCCGUCAGGCAAACCGCAGGAGAAGGACUCCUUUCCUAGCAAGGUUCAACAUAGUAAGGAUGAGCCUGCCGAAUGUAUCGGAAGGUAUGGCAGUCGCAGCUUUACAAAACGGGUUGAACAGAGAUGGUUCAAGAGCGACCAAAAAGCUACUAAACCGCCUCAUGAAAUAUCCCCUACAACAUGGGAGGAGAUCCACAAUGCCUACUGUGCUGAGGAACGAGGACAUAAAGCCGAGGACUGCAUAGGCCUACGGCAAGAGGUGGUCAGGAUGCUGAAUCAAGGAUACCUAAGGGAACUACUCAGUGAAAAAGGGAAAGUCGACUUCGCACGUGGCCGGGAACAACCCCAGGGGUCGCCGAAGCCAACUUCCCCAGCAUGCACCAUAAACAUGAUCGUCAGAGGUGGCGAUGACUCAGCAAUCAAUCACGUCAAGUUCACCACCACGCAUAAACUGAAGCGAACAAUCGCGCAUGAACGAUAUAACGACCUCGAAGAUAGUAUCACCUUCGAUAGGUCCGAUGCCGACGGUUUGUCUUUUCCUCAUUAUGACGCUCUUGUUAUAACUUUUCGUAUUGUCGAUACUGACGUUAAAAGGAUCAUGGUCGACGACAGAAGCGGCACCUGUAUUAUCCAUCCAAGGGUUCUCGUGCAAAUGAGACUCGAAGAUAAGAUAAUACCGUGUUGCAUAACACUGAUAGGUUUUAAUAAUGCAGUGGAACAAACCUCUGGAGAAAUUGCCGAUUUUUGCGGGAGGAGUCACGUUAGAGACCACCUUUCACGUGAUGAACCAAGAAACAGCUUACAACGCCAUCAUAGGACGCCCUUGGAUACAUUCCAUGCAAGCAGUCCCCUCGAGUUUUUACCAAGUGAUCAAAUUCCCCACCCCCUAGGGAGUAUUUAG